CUCGCAGUCAAUGCCGUAUCGCAGCUCAGUCGACUGGCUCAGUCCAAGCGGUACGCAGAGUGCGCAUCAGCUCUCAGAGCCGUCGAGUCGCUCAAAGACAGUUUUGUGGGGUUCGCGGGCGUCGCUAGGCUCAGCAGGGUGGCGAGGGAGGUGGAGAUGUUAAAGGGGCAGCUGGAAAAGGAUGCAAGGGAGGAGUUUGAAAGAUUCUUUGGUCAGCCCAAUCCACCUCCUAUCAGCUCGACUAUCCUGCCAUCUGCUGCUCAGGCUAUUGCAGCCCUGGGUCCGCAAGCCUCGCAAUCCCUGCACGAUUUCUACACCACCCUCACGCUCAAAGAGUACAAGCGCAUCUUUCGCUCUACGGACGAAGCUGGUGGACUGGACAAUGUUUCGCGCCGGUAUGCUUGGUUCAGAAGAGUGCUGCGCACGUACGACGAGGAUCACGCUGCUGCGUUUCAUGUGGCUGGUUGGGAUGUGGGCAGGGAGCUGCUCAGGAGAUUCAGCGAGCAGACUAGGGAAGACUUGAGGAGCUUGCUCAUCAGGAUGGGCAAAGGUGCUAAUGUGGACGUGCUGCUGGAUGCCAUGAAUGCUACUUUGGAGUUUCAAACCGCCAUGGCUAGAAAGUAUGGGGGCAGCGUGAGGAAUGCCUCGGUCCCAGCUUUGACUGCAGCAACAUCUACAGGCCACUCUCUAUCCUCCACCUUCGAUCCGCAUCUCGGCAUCUUUGUGGAAGCGCAAGACAAGCGACUUCAAGAGAUGUUUGUCGGCUAUCGACAGAGCCUCAUCGCAGGAAUGCAAGAAGCCUCCUCUACCAUCGGCAUGCAAACCAGCUCCGGCUCGGUGGGCGGAGGCGCAGGGAGUGCGGUGCUAGCUUCCUCGACGGAGCUCUUCUACUUUUACAGACAGACGCUCGAAGCGUUUGCUCGUUUGAGCACGGGCGCCGCUUUCAGAGAUUUGUGCUUCGUAUUUUGCAAGUAUCUCAGGAUAUAUGCGGAGGAGGUGUUGCGCUUCGGAUUGAUCCAUCGAACGGAUCCUGCGAGCGCCUCUGGUCUGCCCACACCUAGGAGAUCCAACGAUACGAGGUACGGCGGCAGCGGCAGCAGAGAGAAUGAAAUGUACUUGGGAAGGAUUUGCAAGAUUGUCAAUACGGCGGAUUAUUGCGCUACGACGGCCGAUCAGCUCGCGGAAAAGCUGAGGGAAAAGGUGGAUGAAGGGUAUGAAAAGGAGAUUGAUUUGCAAAACGAAAAGGAGGGCUUUGUUGCCGUGAUCGCGCAGGGCAUUCAGGUCUUGUUGCGCGAAGCGGAUCAAGCUCUGGAAGUCCCUUUUCAGCAAAUGUUCCGGCCGAACAAUCCGUGGUCCACGCUCGUCGAAGCAUCGGGAAAGUCUCCUUACGUCGAUGAGCUAGCAUCUUCCCUCGAGCAUGUGGCUGUCGUGGUCAGGCUGGAGCUGGAGAACAAGCGAUUCGUGCGGAGCUGGUGCGAUAAGGCUGUUGGAACCAUCCUUGCCAGGUUCACGAACACCCUUGUCAGGUUGAAACCGCUGUCGAGCCUCGUUUCGAAACAAUUGCUGCUCGAUCUCAAAGAGAUCAGAUCGAUCCUGCUCGAGCUGCCUAGGUACUCCUUCUAUCAACGACACAUCACCAAGAGCACGCAGAGGCUGGAGAGCUUGCUGGAUCUGCUGUGCCUGGAGGAUCCUGGAGCGGAAGAGCUCAUCGAAAGGUACACCCAGCUGAUUGGCGAUAGGUCAUUCGGCAAUUUCCAAAAGAUCUUGGAUUUGAGGGGCGUGAGGAGGACGGAACAAAAUGGCAUCAUGGACACUUUUGUCACUUUGACAUCGCAGAACGAUCAAUUGUCCGAGACGUCUUUCCUCACUUCGUUGGACAUGGAUCCGCCCACCAACGCUACCACUCCUGGUCCCUUUUUGUCAUUUGCAGCUGCAGGCUCGACGGUGGAUGGAUCGUCGACACCUCCGCUCGGAAGAGGAAGCGCAUUCGAUCGAGAUUACAAUCCUACCGCUACUGGUGCGGCCAGAGCUUUCGGAGACCUGAAACGCUUUGGCAGCAUGCUUGUUGGACGGCGGGAAGAGGGUCGAAGAUAG